GCCUGUUUCCGAGCGGAAGUGGUGGCCGCGAGGGAAGAUGGCUGCCCCGGCGGCGCCUGGCGCGGCGGCCGGUCGGGCGAGCAAACGCGGCGGCGGCGGCGGCGGCCCGGGAGGCGGCGGCGGCGGGGGCGCGCGGGGGGCGGAGGAGGAACCCCCGCCGCCCCUGCAGGCCGUGCUGGUGGCGGACAGCUUCAACCGCCGCUUCUUCCCCAUCUCCAAGGACCUGCCUCGGGCCCUCAUGCCCCUGGCCAACGUGGCCCUCAUGGACUACACCCUGGAGUUUCUGACUGCCUCAGGUGUGCAGGAAACCUUUGUGUUCUGUUGCUGGAAGGCUGCUCAGAUCAAGGAACAUUUACUCAAGUCCAAGUGGUGCCGCCCCACCUCUCUCAAUGUGGUUCGAAUAAUUACCUCAGAGCUGUAUCGCUCUCUGGGGGACGUCCUGCGGGAUGUCGACGCCAAGAGCUUGGUGCGCUCUGACUUCCUCCUGGUGUACGGGGACGUCAUCUCGAACAUCAAUGUCACCCGCGCCCUCGAAGAACACAGGCUGAGGCGGAAGCUUGACAAAAACGUGUCUGUGAUGACAAUGAUCUUCAAGGAGUCGUCCCCCAGCCACCCAGCCCGUUGCCACGAAGACAAUGUGGUGGUGGCUGUGGAUAGUGCCACGAAACGGAUCCUCCAUUUCCAGAAGACCCAAGGCCUCCGACGCUUCUCCUUUCCACUGAGCUUGUUCCAGGGCAGUGGGGAUGGCGUGGAGAUCCGCUACGAUUUGCUGGAUUGUCACAUCAGCAUCUGCUCCCCACAGGUGGCCCAGCUCUUUACAGACAACUUUGACUAUCAAACUCGAGAUGACUUUGUGAGAGGCCUCUUAGUGAACGAGGAGAUUCUGGGGAACCAGAUCCACAUGCACGUGACAACCAAGGAGUAUGGUGCCCGGGUCUCCAACCUGCAUAUGUACUCUGCUGUCUGCGCUGAUGUCAUUCGCCGCUGGGUCUACCCACUCACCCCCGAAGUCAACUUCACCGACCACACCGACCAGAGCUGCACCCAUUCCCGGCACAAUAUCUACCGCGGGCCUGAGGUCAGCCUGGGCCACGGCAGCGUCCUGGAGGAAAACGUGCUCCUCGGCUCGGGCACCGUCAUCGGUAGCAAUUGCGCCAUCACCAACAGCGUCAUUGGCCCCGGCUGCCACAUUGGUGAUAAUGUGGUGCUGGACCAGGCCUACCUGUGGCAGGGUGUCCGAGUGGCCGCUGGAGCACAGAUCCACCAGUCACUGCUCUGCGACAAUGCGGAGGUCAAGGAGAGAGUUACCCUGAAGCCACGCUGUGUCCUGACUUCCCAGGUGGUUGUGGGCCCAGACAUCACGCUACCUGAGGGCUCCGUGAUCUCUCUGCACCCUCCAGAUGCAGAGGAAGAUGAGGAUGAUGGCCAGUUCAGUGAUGAUUCUGGGGCUGACCCAGAGAAGGAGAAAGUGAAGCUGAAAGGUUAUAAUCCAGCUGAAGUCGGAGUCGCAGGCCAGGGCUACCUUUGGAGACCUGCUGAUGUGGACACGGAGGAGGAGGACGAGCUGCGGCAGAGUCUGUGGGGCCUCACCAUCCACGUGGAAGACGAGAGCGAGAGUGAGAGCGAGCACAGUCUGGAUUCCGAGGGGCUCGACAGCCGGGCAGGCUCCCCGCAGAUGGAUGACAUCAGAGUGUUCCAGAAUGAAGUCCUUGGGACGCUACAGCGGGGCAAGGAAGAGAACAUUUCCUGUGACAAUCUAGUCCUGGAGAUCAACUCUCUCAAGUACGCCUACAACAUUAGCCUGAAGGAGGUGAUGCAGGUCCUAAGCCACGUCGUCCUGGAGUUCCCCCUGCAGCAGAUGGACUCCCCGCUGGAGCCCACCCGCUACUGCGCCCUGCUCCUUCCCCUGCUCAAGGCCUGGAGCCCCGUUUUCAGAAACUACAUAAAGCGUGCUGCUGACCAUUUGGAAGCAUUGGCCACCAUCGAGGACUUCUUCCUGGAGCACGAAGCUCUCGCCGCUUCCAUGGCCAAGGUUCUGAUGGCCUUCUACCAGCUGGAGAUCCUGGCUGAGGAAACGAUCCUGAACUGGUUCAGCCAAAAGGACACGACAGACAAGGGCCGGCAGCUGCGCAAGAACCAGCAGCUGCAGAGGUUCAUCCAGUGGCUAAAAGAGGCGGAAGAAGAGUCGUCGGAAGAUGACUAAAGCCGGAGCACUGCUGCCGGCUCCCCGGGCUCGCGGGUGGGCAGAGGAGAGGUGCGUGGUAGACGAGAAGGGCCCGCCGUCGGGCUGAGACAGGAGCGGAGGCUGGAACGACAGUAUUCUCCCCAGCGCAGCAAGCCCCGGCCUCGCACCCGGACUGGGGCCUGAGGGAAGUGGGACUGGGCCCGCGCCGUCAAGAAGGGCCAUCGAGCCGGGCCCGAGGAACCAGCCGCGGGUGCUCUGGCUUUCCCUCAGGGAACGGCAGGGAGAAACGGCCCUCUCUGCUGCUG